CGGCAGCGGGAGGACUUCCGAGUUGAGAGCGGGGGGAACCCUACUCUAAAAGGGGACUAGGGAGUCUGUGGCUCGGGGACCGGGUUAUUGGGAGAGUGAAUUGGGUUGGUCGGAGUUUCAUGCAGGACCGGGGUUCCUGGGCACCCCCCUCCUGGUACAGACACUCGAAAUGCCACCAUCGGCAAGGAAAUCGAUCAAGGAGCGCGAGCUGUUCUCCCUGACCUCAUCCUUACCAUGCGCCUCGUGGCUGAAGGUACUGCUGUGCAGCCCCCUACGCUAUCUAUGGAUGGUCCUCAUGGCCCUCACUGUGCUCUGUGUGGCCAUCCAGAUCCUAGGAGUCGUCUGGCAGUCCAGGAACGAUAAGAUAAUGAGCGAGAAGCUCCUGAAUGUUCGGUUUACCAUCGAGAUCCAGGGAACGCUCCCAACGGAGCAGAGGGACUGGGAAAACUUGCGCUCUUCGCAAGCCCCUGUCGUAGAAGAGGAAGUGAGGUCACAGGAGGAAGGAGCGCCUAAACAACCGGCCAAAGAAAAUCAGAAGGUAGCAGAACAUCAAGAUGGCAGAGAUGAGCCAGGAGUGGAGAGGAGACUCCAGGUGCAUCACCAACAUUUAAAGCUCUCAAACACUUUCAAUAAGGUCAAAGACUCCAGGAAAGAGGCAAGGGGUAAAGUUUUAGCAGUAAAGGCAGCCCUGCCCAAAGUCACACUGGGUGAUGAUGGGUUGCAUUUGGGGGUUCCCGGGUCUGUGGUUCUCCAGCUGGGCCACCCAGCUAUCAGAGUGGUAUCUACCCUGUCUCACAAACCUCUCCAGCUCCCCUUAACCAAUCAGCUGAAGAGUAGAAACAGCCUUGCCCCUCUAGGCACCAACUCUGUAGUUGCCGGGGUGAUAAGCGAGGUGAAACCGGGUAUUGCCACCUCCACCUGUCGGCCGAAGAACCACAUCGUCUUUCUAAAGACGCACAAAACGGCCAGCAGCACCAUCCUGAACAUCUUGUAUCGCUAUGGCGACAGCCGCAAUCUGACCUUCGCCCUUCCGCUGAACAUGCACAGCCAGCUGUUCUAUCCCUUCUUCUUCGCCUCACACUUUGUGGAGGGAGUUAGGAGCCGCAGUGUCAAAAAGUUCCACAUCAUGUGCAACCACAUGAGGUUCAGACCACCAGAGGUGAGGAAGGUGAUGCCCCAGGACACGUUCUACUUCUCCAUCCUGAAGAACCCUGUCGCCAUGAUGGAGUCCAUCUUCAUCUACUACAAGAGCAUUCCCGCCUUCCACAAGGCCCGCAGCCUGGACGACUUCCUCGACAACGGUUGGCGUAGUUACAACACGUCCCUGCCCAACAACCACUACGCCCGUAACAUCCUGACCUUUGACUUUGGCUUCGACAACAACGUCGCCACAGAGACGCCCGGAGACCUAGAGACGCGGGCCACCACAGCCAUUGGCGCCAUCGAGGAGGACUUCCACCUUAUCCUCAUCUCAGAGUAUUUUGACGAAUCCAUGAUCCUGCUCAAGCGCGCCCUCUGCUGGUCUCUGGACGACAUUGUGUCCUUCAAGUUGAACAGCCGGAGCGAGCGCGCACGGAACAUGCUCUCCCCGCACACCGCUGACAAGAUCAGAGCCUGGAACGCCCUUGACUGGCGGCUCUACCUGCACUUUAACGCCACCUUCUGGCGACGCGUGGACACUACGGUGGGGCGUGUGGAGAUGAGGCGGGAGGUGACUCGGCUGCAGGAGCAACGUGCCAAACUAGCCAAAAUCUGCUUGAAGGAUGGUGGUGCAGUGGACCCGUCGCAGGUACAGGAUGCAGGGCUGAAGCCCUUCCAGUAUGGAGCGGCCAUCAUCCAGGGCUACAACUUGAACCCUGGGCUAGACGGGCCUACCAAAACACGCUGUCAGAACCUGAUCACUCCAGAGCUGCAGUACACAGACACACUUUACACCAAGCAGUUCCCUGAGCUUGCCACUAAGCAGAGACAGGCCGCCAAACUGGUCGCCUCACAACGUCAGCCUGGUCCAGCCAAGGUCAGCCCAAACAAAGCAGCCAUGGCUGGGCCGGUGAGGGUGAGGGAGGCCCGACACAGUAGGACAGCCAGGAGUGGACCCAGAAACCCUAAUGCCCAGAACCAAAAUGACCCCCGCCCAACUGUUCUGUCUAAAAUCACUGCAGAUAGAAGUGACAGAAACAUGCCUUGAGGUGUGGCUCUUUCAACAUAGACUAUGGGACUAAUGGGACAAUCCACAGUAUCUCAUUGGUGCUGAGCACAGGGGUCUUUUUAAGCUGAACAGCCAAUGGCUCUGUUUUGUCUGUACAGUGAGGACGUUUCGCUGCACAUUAUGCUUACUCUGGCUGGCUGCAGUGCACAGGGCCAGUUCGCUGACUUUGGUGGCACUAGGAUAAGCUCUAGUGUUUCUACCCAACGAUACUCGACCUGUGUGGGUGGAGGGGAUGGAGUUGGGGGAGGAAGAGGAAGAGUAGGAAGGAGAGGGAGAGUGCAACUGGGGUGACUGUCCAGCCUUGACUGGUUGAUUGGAAGUAGCAUCUCAUAAACCCUCUCAUCUAAUCUCUCCCCUUGAUCUUGUCACACACUGAGGUUUACAAUUUGAACCCUUGGGGUGUACUAUAGUUUGAAAAGGAACAAUACUUGGUCCUAUUGAUUAAACUGAUUGGGGUUGGGUAAGGCCUGUAGUACAGUAGGCCUAUGUACAGUACCAGUCAAAAGUUUGGAGACACCUACUUAUUCCAGAGUUU